AUGGCGACAUCUAGCCCCGAUGGCCACUUCCCCACACGAGCACCUGUAGUCUUGGGCGUCACAGCCGCCACUCUGGCCCUGUGCUCGCUUUUCGUCGCCUUUCGUCUGACCUCGCGAUUUGCCAUUGUUCGGAAGCCAGGAUGGGACGACUACACCAUGAUAGUCGCAUGGGUACUUGCAUUGGGCGCAUCCCUGUCUAUUUGCUAUGGCACCACCAAGGGCCUGGGUAGACGAGAGGAGAACAUACCCUCGGAAUGGCUUACUCCCAUGAAGCAGUCGUCCUACGCCUUCUCCGUCCUCUAUAAUCCAGCCCUCAUGGCCACCAAGACAUCCAUCCUCCUCUUCUACCUGACCUUGUCAAAGACACACAAAGUAUUUCGAUGGGCCAACAUCUCGACCCUUGUCCUGGUCAACGUCGGCGGCCUGGCACUGACCAUCCUCAACCUCCUCCAAUGCAGGCCCAUCGCUGCGGCCUGGGCCUCGCCAGUACCAGACUCGGCACAUUGCACCAACAUUGUGACCGUAUAUCUUUCCUCCGCGCCUCUAAACAUCAUCACCGACUUGGCCAUUCUAUUCUUGCCCAUGCCCAUACUCACCAGCAUGCGAUUGCCGAAAAAGCAGAAAAUCAUUCUGGUCAUCACGUUCGGCUUUGGUAUCUUUGUCGCCGUGGUCGAUGUGGUUCGCAUUGCCUACCUUCAGGAUGCCCAACGGGAUACUCUCGAAGCGGCUAAGACGCAACGAUCGGGCACUGGCAACGAGCAAAGGAAUACGGGCAAUCUUGCCUGGUUUGCAUCCUUGUCAUUCAUGUGGAGCGCCGUCGAAAUCAAUCUGGGUAUCAUGUGCGCCUGCGUGCCAGCACUGAAGCCGUUGGUGAGAAGGUUCCUCCCAGGUUGGGUGCUCGACCCUACUAUGCGCGACGUCACAGCCACAUGGACAAGUGAGGAGCCGGUCCUACACCCCGACAUUCUCGAUUCGCGGCGGCGCUCUGACCCUCUAACACCCCCUGCAUCUCCCCGUAGCAAACCUCUUCGUGGAAGUGUUGGUGACGACCAAGUGGGCAUCGUCGAUUUCCUCACUACACCUGACAUGAACGGAUUGUCCCAGUUGAGGCCCUCGCCUACGGCUGUAACGUACGCAACAACGACCCCUACUUGUCCUCACCCUAUGACCUUCUUCGACUUUGUGGAUACCGGCCGACGGAAGAAUAUGACGCUUCAGACCAAUCGCGAAGCUCUCUAUCCAGUACUCAUGGUCACCAUACUCUUCUUCGUAUGGGGGUUCGCAUAUGGAUUUCUAGACGUUCUCAAUUCACGCUUCCAAGAAGUGGCUAAGAUGAGCGAUUGGGAAACUGUGGGCCAGCACAGUGCGUAUUACCUUGGGUACAUUGUCGGACCGUUGACAUUCGGACACCUUGUGUUCAAGACUUGGGGCUUCAAAGCUUGUUACAUGGUUGGCCUUUCCGUCUAUGCGUGCGGCGCCUUGAUCUUCUGGCCAUCGGCCGUUCUCAACUCUUUUCCAGCAUUCCUCAUCUCCAACUUCAUCACAGGCGCCGGACUCUCGAUUCUCGAGCUUGGCGCCAACCCGUUCAUUGCUCUUUGUGGACCUCCCGAGUACGCAGAAGUACGCCUAAACCUUUCCCAAGGUGUACAGGCUAUCGGCACCAUCAUCUCUCCCCUCCUAGCAAAGAAGGUCUUGUUCCCAGCCAAUGCGGAAAGUCUCAUCGAUGUCCAAUGGACCUACUUGGGCAUUUCUUUCUUCAACAUCUGCCUCGCCAUCAUCUACUUUUUUGUGCCGUUACCCGAAGCCACCGAGCAAGAACUCGAAGAAGCCAGCCAGCGUACUGUGCCUGUUGCUCGUGAGGCUACGGUGAGAUUUGGCUCCAGAUCUGCCAAAGUGAUGUGGAUAAGCCUCGCAAUGGCAGUCUUCGCACAGUUCUGCUAUGUUGGUGGUCAGGAAGCUACGUCAACUUCCUUUUCUGAAUACAACGCACGGGUUGCACCACACAUCGAUCUCGUCGCUCAUCAGGCGUACGGUCAUACAGCCUUUGCCGCCUCCCGCUUCAUGGCUGCCGCCAUGGAUAUCUGGAUCAAGCCUCGGCAUACUCUUUUGUUCUUCUUCGUUGGAGCGAUUGCUUUCUCGGUGGCAGCAAUGCAUGCUACCGGUGCUCCUGCUGCAGCCAUGAUUGUCAUGGCCAUGUUCUUCGAGGGACCGCUCUUUCCGCUGAUUUUUGCCCAAGGUAUUCGUGGCAUGGGCAAGCACACCAAGUAUGCUUCGGUUCUGCUCACCUCUGCCAUUGGUGGAGGAGCCGUCUUUCCACCCAUCAUGGUUGCUGCACUCAAGAUUCACAAUGCACAAUACGCCUUCGUUGUUAUCACAGCAGCCUACGCUGCUGGUGCACUGUAUCCCCUAUGGCUCAACCUUGUGCCAGCAGCACAAGCACUCUCAGACCCUGUGCGCGACGAAUACGCAAGACGAGAAUCGAAGGCGGAAGAGAAGAGAAGAGAAAAUACCAUUUCCCGGAAAUCAAAAAGAGGGGCUAAAGGCAGGAACCGGCCGAAUUCGCCCAAGGAAAAUGGCCAGCUUCCCUAUGUAGAGCAUAGGGAGCGAGUCAGUUGGCCUGGCGGUCUUGUACCAAGGCCAGAUAGUUUGGCGAUUGAACGAGUGCAUACACGUACACCAAGCUAA